UCCGAUAGAUGUAUAGCUACGUUGCCACAUAUUUUUUGGUUAUGUAUAAAUAUAGGACGACUAAAAUAGGGAUAACAGUAUUUUUUAAUUCGGCAGCCUAUAAACAGGGUAACUGUAUUUAGUCAUGUUAUUUACGUGCAGUUUCAUGUUUUGCUUACCAGUCUACCUUACGUAGAUAGAAAAAGAAUAACGAUUAAAUGGUUACCUAAAUGUAAAGGUUUAUUUUGGCUUGACAUUUAUACUGAGUUGUAUUUCACGUGCGUAUUUCGUAUUUUUAAUUAUUUUAGAAACUUAAUUCUUGUAAAAAUAAUCAAAUCGAAUGUUAUAAAUAAAAUAAUUUCUAAUUGAAAAGGAACGCAAUUUGAAUGGACCAAUGAGAGAAGUCUCCCCUUCCACCGAACGACAGCGCCUCUAGUGUCCAAAACAUAAACUAACGUGAAAUAUCUCCAUCUUGUAUGACAGAUUUGUGUUUGUUGUUACUUUUUCGAUUUUAUUUAUCAAAUGUGUAUAAAUACAUAUAAAAAGUGUUUUAAACGUUGCGUUAUUAGUUCAUAAUCUUAUAAUUCAACGAGUGCUACAUGAAUUUUGUAUGAAUUUACCGUCCGAAGGUAAUUCUGUGAGUGACGAACAUAGUGGUCGUCUCAGUGACUAGUAUAUAGUUACUUAUUUUUGUGAUAAGCGGAGCGCGGGGGCCUCGCGGACGGCUUUUAUCAGCAAGAAUUAUUUCUAACAUCCCGCGUGACGCACGUUGUGCGCGACCGAGUGACAGAGACUAACAGUGCGGGGGGCGCAGGAGCCGCGGGCCCCGCGCGAUGGGCGCGACGUGAGGGGCGCGCGCGCGCCGAUGCCAUGCUGGAGCGCGUGCGGCCGGACCCGCCUCACCACACACCCAACAACAAAUACAUACAGAUCUCUGUUCAGAAGGUUGUGCAGACCUAUUUACAAGGAAUUUGAUGAAUGGCCAGAAAUAUCAUUAGAACCAGACCCUCCAAGAGAAAAGAAGAAAGAAACACCAGAGAAAAUUGUUGCCAAUAAUCCAAAAGAUAUUGCCAUACAAAAAAUGACGCGUAAAAGUCGUCCAAGAAUCAAGGAGAAGGAAGAAAAAGAGGCAAAGGGUGGCUACUGUGAGAUGUGCAACGCAGACUACGGAGACGCGACACUACACCGGCGCUCCCCGCACCACCUCGCCUUCGUACGCAACCACACCAACUUCCUCGCGCUGGAUUCGCUCAUUGGCGCCGGUACCGAUGUUGCCACUUUCCUUGACAAAGCCACACCUAUCAACGGUGAACGGCGUUCGCUAAGAAAAAUGUGCAAUGGCGACAGCGACCCGCCCAAAAGCAAACGGUCGAAACGAUCCCAGUCGCCGGAUUCCACAGUCAAUGGUAACCUCAGUCCGAGGCGGAAUGGAUAUGUAGAAGAUGAGAAAAAGCACAAUACCCGGUGCAGUAAACGAGCCAGUGAAGCAACCACUGAAGACCGACAGUACUACAAAGUAGUAGGUGUCAGCACCAAGCUAAGAUCGAGUGGCGGGUUCUCGAAUAAAAGAAAAGAUUCGUCGCCCUCGUGUAAUGGCACCAAGCCCCUAGUCGUUAAGUUCAGAAAAGUCCGGCGCUCAGAGUUAUCUGUGCUCAGUGAUGAAGCAGAACAGUUCAUGUUUCCAAAACGCGCCAGCUCCACAAGUUCCACAUCUUCCGACGAUGAUGACAAAGAACUAAGUUCCCGAAGAAAAACUACACCGCCGCCACCACCACCACCCGUCGAAAGGCGGAGACAAGCGCGGCCACUCGCCCUGAAAGAGGAGUCUUCGGAGGAAGAUAGCUGGCCCGAAGAUAACCGAAGGCGAAAGAAACGAACGCCUGCUGUCACUAAACGAGCACGCAGAGUGCCUUGCAAAGCACAGAGCACAGAACCACCGCCUGAGCCUCCCGAGGUUGUGGAACAAAUAGUGCCUGCAGAGCCUCCUGCACCACCUGACGGGGAAGUAAGCCCUUUGAGAGAAGAACCCGUUGAACGAUGUAUGAAGUGGGAAGAUGGAAAGCUGAAGUACACCCCAGCUGUGGAGCAAUUGGAGUUUGCCUUUGAAUCUGUGCCACAUAGUGAGCCCUGGUUUGAAACCUUCAAAAGACAAGAUGAGGACAAGGUGCUUGUUAAGAAUAUACCUCAAUAUUUUGCAUUAUAUUCAAAAUCGCCAAAGUUACCAUAUGAAAUUGGUCAGUUACCACCUUUGAAGCCAAAUUGCUGUCCACUAAGUGACUUGGUUAAACGAGAAGAAAAGCCAGGACCGUCACGGUCUUACGGGACGCGAGGAAUGAAGAAACAGAAAAUUAGAAAAAGAACUGCCGCACUGCUAGCGCUAGAGGGGCACCCGCGGAAAUCCCCUCGCGAGCAUGCGUCUACCCUGGCCAUUCUCGGUUCGGCUGGUUUAGUACACCGGCGGAGACAUGCUGAUGAUAACAAGUCCACUGCGUCGGAAGACACGAUCAGCGACACGCACAGUAAUCCUAAAGUUGAUCCUGUAAUUUCUGAAACUCAAGAGGCAUCUGAGAGAUUACAACAAUUUUUAUCUGAGGUGUUCGAGGACGCGGCGGAAUACGACGUAUCCGACGAGGUGAUGGACGGUGAGCCGGCUGUCACCACGUCAACUAACAUGCUUGACGUGUCCAGUAUGAUGUCAGAGUGUGAGAACUGCGAUCUGAUUAGAAAUGAGAUCAAAGAAGCAGCAGACAGACCUAAAGGCAGACGCGGCAAGUUUAAAAAGAAGAAUAGAACGGGCUGGCCUAAUAAAAAGAAGCAAACUAAGAAGAGUUCCAGGACAAGCAGUGUCGAGUCUGAAAACAAAGUAGACAGCAGUUUAGAUCGGUCGUCGGCAGAGCCUCCAGACGAUGAUACCACACAGGACGCGAUCAGCGAGGAAGAUACUAAUUUAUCUGAGACUGAAAAAGAAGACAAAACUAUAUUAGAAAAAUCCAAAUCAGAGUUUGAUUCGAAAGACAAAACUUUGACAGAGGACUCGGUAGCUGAGAAAUGUGAUCCUAUGGACAUAUCUGAUAGCAAAGACAAGACUUUACAGGAGUUAAAGGUAUCAGAAGAAAAGUCUAAGGACGAGAAAGAGGAACGAAAAUUACGUUCAGAGACUGACGAUAAGGAUAUUAAGAAGAGGAAACGGGCGUUGCAUGGACUGGGCGACUGGAUGCAACCAGUGGUGCGGGUGGCCCGAGUGGACCCGGGCGCGGCGCGACGUCUGCGGUCAGCGGCGCGGCCGCGGUCCAACCGGUACAGAUAGCGCGCGGCCCGCCGCUGCCUCGCCAAACAACGAUAAUUCCUCAAAUGGACUCCAUUGUUUCGCCAAACCUACCGUCGAACAAUCAGUAGUUGUGAUCGCACUUCGGAGCUAUAAUAGCUGCGUAGACUGCUCGCCGAUGACGCGUAGAUAUAAUUUUGUUGUUUGUUAUUUAUUUUGUAAAUAGCCUGUUGUUGUCUGUGUCAGCAUGAACUUGGCCAUUUUUGGCAGAUGAAACUGGGAGUAUCAGUAUUUAAAUUGUUUUUGUUUAUAAGAGAAUAAUAUAUCUCGAGGCUGCGAACUACAGAAUGUUGUGUACAUAGUGGUGUAAUAUAUUAUGUGAGGACUUGGACCUAUGUGUGUGUGUAAGACCAGUGCAGUGAGUAGACGUGGCGAACUUAGUCUGUAUAUAAAUGUUAUUGUAUGCUUAGAAAGUAUCUUUCUUUUUUUAAGAUAAAUGGAGAUGCAGGAAUAAAGUUACUUCAGCCACUCACAUAUCUACCACUAAAUGUAACUACAUAAAUAUUAUAUUUAUAAUUACUGCAAUAACUACUGUCCAUAGACGGAAACCAUAGUAAUAUUAUAAAUGUGUUUUUCUCAAUGUUGUCUCAGUGUCUACAAUUAUUAGAACUAGUCAGUAUUCGAUUCCACAUUUUGCUGGAACUUCGUAUUUCUGACUCCAUCUCCUUUAUCUACGUGAAAUUUCAUCAAAAUAAAAAUGUAUAAAUUACUAUGAUUCUCA